GAUAUUUUAUCACAAGAUUUAAUUCAUGAUCUUUUGGAAUUUCAUAUUGUUCCUAAUAUGAAACCUAAAUCUAAUGUAACACCAAGAAAACCAAAUUUAAAACUCAAUUCAAAUAUAGUUGAAUCAAAACAUGUUCUUCUUUUUGCUUCAUGGAUUGAUAAAAAAGAUUCUUCAUAUUAUAAUAAAGAAAAGAUCCCUUAUGAUUUUAAUUUAUUGUAUCGUUCAAAUGACAGGUUUGAUGCUAAAUCAUUUCAUAGAAAUUGUGACAACAAGGGAGCUACUAUUUGGAUAGCAAAAAUUCAAGGUUCUACACAAUUAAUUGGAGGAUAUAAUCCACUUGAUUGGAGUGGAAAUGGACCGAAAAUUACUUUAGACAGCUUUUUAUUUAACUUUACAGAUGGAAAAAAUAUUUCUAAUGCAAAAUCAGGUUAUGUUAACGAUAAGAACAAUGCUAUUUAUUGCUAUAAUCAUCAAGGACCCAGUAUGGGUGAUUUAUACUGUCCUGAUUUUAAUAGUUGGAAGUAUAGUUAUAGUGGCAAUUACUAUCCUAGUAUAGGAAUUCCAAGAAAUUUUGAUGUAGAAGAUUUUGAAGUAUUUCAAGUAAUUAAAAGAUAAAUCAAUGGUAUUAGAAUCACUCAAUUUUUAAGAUAAUGUAAUAUCUCAAAUAAUAUUCAAAUUGCUUA